UGCAAAAAUACUAGAAACGGGAUUAUCAUUCAUAGUAAAGUCAUAAAUACAAGUGAACUAUUGAAUUGAGCUGCUUGAAUCAAACUUCACGGGCAGCGUACUGGAGUAGCCUCCCGUUAUAAACACAGCACCAGUUCAUGUACACAAACUGCGAUACACGUGAUGACAACAAUUUGGAGGCAACAAGCAGACAGACAACGUUGUUGUUUACCGGGCGCAACAAAAUAUUAACCGCACGGCAAAUAUUUGCCGACGAGUCCACCGACCCGAAAAGACUUUUUUUUUUUUUUUUUUUUAUGGCCCCGGUGACCCAGCAACACAACACUGACGAGAGUACAAAGUUUUGUCAUUCUGGCCUCAAUUUGCCCGUUUCGUCGGUGUUGUGCGUCGUCACGUUAAGACACGACGCGGCGAGUCCGAGGUGAAACGCGGCACCGACAAUCGGGCCGACGGACGCCGGCCGCGUGAGCCGAGGGGCGUCGGCGCCGUCGCCGGCUGGAAAGCAAAACUGACCCACUGAAGCACAUACAAACAGAAACAUCAGAAUCCGAAUUGGAAUCAGAAUCAGAAGAAACGUGAACCCGAUGCAAAUAUGAACACUGAAUUAACUAUUAAAUUAAUCCAAAAGGACGUAGUAACCAUUAUGAACUACUUUAACUUGUGAUUACUACUCAUUUUGGCUAAAAUAAUUUUAAAAAAGUAAUUAUACCCAUUACAGUUUUGCAUUAAACAUCUAAUUUUUAAAAAAAACAAUAUUACAUUAUUUUCAUAAAAUGACUACUUUUGUCUCACACUACUUUGACUUUAUUCUUGUACUUUCAAAAAUGUUUUGUCAUUAUUUUUAUAUUUUUACUCAAUUAUUCCAAGAACAAUUCUGGUAAGCUUUCUUUGUGUCUUUAGUCACGUUUAAAAAAUUGCAGAUUAUUUCUUGUGCUAUUAUAAUUUUACCAUCCAUCCAUCUUGUACCACAUAGAAAUAUUAUAUACAAGCCUCUCGACAAUCUUUUUUUUUUCCUCAUAAUAUGACAAUUUUUCUCCUUAAUACUCGUUAUUUCGCAUAACUUAUUCUUGUAAUAUUCAACUAUAUUUUAUAAAAUCAGUUUUAAUUUCAUUUUUACAAAAUUAUUAAUUUCAGAUAAUAUUGUGACUUUCUUGGCUGUAAUGUUAUCUUUUCCAGGGAUAAUUCCAAAUUUUAUGCUCACAAUACUUCAAUUUUAUUUCUGUAAAAUGCCUUAUUAUUUCUCAAAAUAUUACAGCUUUAUAUUUGUUAUAAUUCCCUUAAUAGAUACAAUACUUCCUCCUAUGAAUAUUACUUCUGGUCAUGUCAGAGCUUUUUUUUUUUUUUUUUUGCUCACGUGUGACUUUAUUCUUGUAAUUUAACGACAAUUUUCACGCAAUUCAAAAUGAUCUUACAGUACAUAUAUUGGACCACCUGUCAUCAUCAUAAAGUAUUUCCGUAUUUUUCUCGUUCAAUUACUUUUCAAGAAAACGUGACAUGCUCCUCUUACGUUUUUUGGUUUUUUUUUUUCCCCGCAGGUGAUUUUUGUUGUGAUGGCGUCCCAUGAUCGCACCGUUUUCUACCCAAAGUCCACAAAUACCCGGCGGCGGGGUUCAAGGUAAACAGAGCGGAGGCGUGCCGGAUGACGACGGCUGCCCUCGCCUCCGAUUGGACGACGCCGACUCUUUAAAAAGACGCGACGCGCAAAAGGCGAUUAUAUUACGGUUCGCCCUUUCCGAGAGUUUGUUAUUGUUCGCCGCGACCGAUACGCGCUCGUCAUGAGUGGAUGUCCCUAUUUUGAGAGGAGCCAUUUGUAUGUUGAUUUAUGCAAAAGCAGAUUUGCACUUUAAUAUUCGAUGGGAGAGUAUUCAUGGGUUUGCUUCAUUCCUACAGGUUGUUUCGAAAGCAGCAGGUAGAAGAGCAAGAUGCCUCGCAGGCGGGCGUCAACAAGGCCAGUAAAGGCGGCAUCAUUUACGGCGACUACCUCAAGCUGGAUAAGAUCAUGACGGCGCAGGUGCUGCAGAGCGAGCUUAAGGGCAACAAGAUUCACGACGAGCAUCUCUUCAUCGUCACCCAUCAAGCUUAUGAGCUGUGGUUCAAGCAGAUUUUGUUCGAGUUGGAUUCAGUCCGCGAGAUCUUCAUUAGUGGACACGUGCGAGACGAACGCAACAUGCUGAAAGUUAACACUCGCAUCCACAGGAUCGUGAUCAUCUUGAGGCUGCUGGUGGAGCAGUUUGCCGUCCUGGAGACCAUGACAGCCUUGGACUUUUUUGAUUUCAGGGAAUAUCUGUCUCCGGCCUCCGGCUUCCAAAGCCUUCAGUUCCGGCUCUUGGAGAACAAAAUUGGGGUACCCGAAAACUUGAGGGUGCCAUACAACAGGCAGCACUACCGGGACAUCUUCAAGGGUCAGGAAGGCGAGUUGCUGCUCACCACCGAACAGGAGCCCACGCUCUUGAAACUGGUCGAGGAGUGGCUAGAGAGGACUCCCGGCCUGGAAACGGAAGGCUUCAACUUCUGGGAAAGUCUGGAGGUCAACAUCUUCACUGGCCUCAGUAAGGAGGAGGAGAGCAUUGAGCUAAUGACCGACUGCGAGGACAAAGAGGAGAUGAUGGCCGAGGUGCUCAAGCAGAAGGAGGUCUUCACGUCCUUGUUUGACGUCAAGCGGCACGAGCAUCUGCUCAGCAAAGGUGAGCGGCGGCUGUCUUACAAAGCUCUGCAAGGCGCGCUCAUGAUCUACUUCUACAGGGAGGAGCCCAGGUUCCAGGUUCCAUUCCAGCUGCUCACCUCGCUCAUGGACAUUGACACGCUCAUGACUAAGUGGAGAUACAAUCACGUUUGUAUGGUGCACCGGAUGAUCGGCAGCAAGGCGGGCACAGGGGGCUCGUCCGGAUACCACUACCUGAGAUCCACUGUCAGUGACCGCUACAAGGUCUUUGUGGACCUGUUCAACCUGGCCACGUUCCUGGUACCCCGCCACUGGGUGCCAAAGUUGAACCCCAACGUCCACACUUUCCUCUACACGGCUGAAUGCUGCGACAGCUCCUACUGCAGCAGCGAGGACUCGGACUAGCGCAAAAAAAAAAGGACUACGGUGCCGAUUUUGUUCCUCAACGCUAACCGCCACGUUUUGUUUUUUUCCACUGCACACUGAUGACGAGCUUUGUUUUCUGGCCUUUGGCAGAGUACGACGCGCCUCAUCCCACGAAGAUGUAAAUACGAUUUAUAUAAAGGAAACUAAUAAUGAUGUGUAGCAUCAUAAACAAUUUGUACAGCAUUUUAAGCAAGAAAAUGCCAUGUGUAUAGAAAGUCCAAAAUGAAUGCACUCAUGGGACACAUCAGGUACAUCUGCACCAAUGGGAUCCAAGAGAAGAAUUUGGGAUAACUCACUUCUUAAUAGAGCAAUAUGGUUAAUAUUUUUAAACUCACCUGCAUCAUAGUUCAUUAUUUAGCUGCCAUAUGGAAUGAUACAAGGGUUGAAAUAUUACUAUAACCUUUGGUGUCCACUGAUGACGGAGCAUGCAGGUGUACCUAACGUUG